GGCUUAGCUUUGGGUUUCGCUUUCGGCUUGGGUUUGGAGACAGCUGCCUUCAUCUCCUUGGCGCCGGCAGCUUUUAGUGCGGAAACAGAAACAGACUUCAUAUUCUUCUUCGCCGGCGAGGAUGGCUUGGCCGGGCGAGCGGUCGGAAGCUUGAAGGAGCUCUUUACCUUCACGAGUUUGUCGUUGGCCACGAGCUUCUUCAGCUGGAGGAGCAGGACUUUCCUGAAAUUGGCCGGCAGGUUCUUCUGUUUGUCCUCGAUGAACUUCGCGAUGGCGGGCUGGCUGGAACCCGUCCGGUCCUUCAGCGUAACGAUCGCAUCCUUAAUCAUCUGCAGAAUCCACCGGAAAAUUUCAGAUCCAACCUCAAGAAAUCAAAAAAUCCGAAAAAAAAAAAGAAGAGGGUGUGUGGGGGUGGUGCGCUUCUUCCGAGCAGGCUCGAUCGGGACAACUUGCUCUUCAACGGUGGCCAUGGAGGAAUUCACUGAGAAAUUAGGGAAUUUGGGUGAAAUA